CGUAAUUUUGCGCUAAGUGCAUUGUUUACUUUGCAACGGGCUUUUGUUGAUAUAUCCCUGGUCGCAUCCAAAACCACCACCUACUACCGCGUGCAUCCUCAACACAACUCAUACACCAAAAGUCACAUACUUUCCAGUCCUGCGCAUUCGACUCAAAUACUGUCAUCUGGUAAAUUCUCUACUACAAAAUGUCGCAAGACACGGGUCUCUUCUCCGUGCGACGGCCCCGAGAGACCCUCGGUGGCAUCAAUCAUAACUCUAGCAUUCCGCAACCUGCUUCUGCGAUGAAGCGCUCGAACUCCAUGUCUGGGCCUAACAUGAACGCGCCGUUCACCAUAAGUCACGUACGAUCAAUUUCUGGAUCUCGCGCAUCAUUGGCACCACCUCGUCCGAGCCAGCCUCAGUUCCAGAGAUCUUCUUCUGGUACCAAUCUGGCAGAAAUGGGAACAUCGUCAGUGAAGCGCACAUCGUUCCAGAAUACCAGUGGCAGGAAGAGUUUUGCGCCAGGCACUACAGGACGAUCGUCUGCAGAAAGCGUGGAGCGCAGGAGCAGUUCAUAUCAUAGGUCAAGAAGUUCGACGAACGGAGCUAUGGGACAUCAAAGUUUCUUCCAACAAGCACCACAACCAGCAGGCGUCCCCAAGGAUCCUCGACCACUCAGAGACCGUACAUACCAAGCCAAAAUUGGUCAGGAGCUUCUGGACUACAUGGCCGCAAACAACUUCGAGAUGGAAAUGAAGCAUCCACUUACACAAAACAUCAUCAAAUCGCCAACCCAAAAAGACUUCAAUUUCAUGUUUCAGUGGCUUUACCAUCGUAUUGAUCCUAGCUAUCGAUUCCAGAAGGCCAUGGAUCAGGAAGUGCUCCCUAUCUUGAUCCAGCUGAGGUAUCCCUAUCAUAAGACCAUUACAAAAAGUUCCCUAACGGCUUGUGGAUCGGCAAAUUCAUGGCACAUCUUCCUCGGCCUACUUCACUGGAUGAUGCAGCUCUCUCAGAUGCUGGAUGGCUAUGCCGCGAAUCAGUAUGAUGAUGCCUGUGCUGAGAUGGGCGUGGAUGUUAGUGGCGACAGGAUCAUCUUUGGCUUCCUGAGUGGCGCCUAUCGAGCUUGGCUAUCUAUGGAUGAGGAAGCUGGAGACGAGGAUCAGGACAAGGUCCUUGCCCCACAUAUCGAAGCCAUGGCCCAGGAAUUCGACAGAUCAAACUCGAAAUAUCUCGACGAAUUGCAGAUUCUGGAAGGGGAGCAUGUGCGUCUUCAGAAGGAGAUUGAGCUACUUGAGAGAUCUGGAUCCGAUGUUGCUAUCCUGGACCGGAAUUUCAAGAUUAUGGAGGAGGACAAGGUCAAAUUCGAGGAGUUUGAUAGUCGCAUGAAUCAAAAGUCUGAGAAAUACGAAUCCCGGAUCGAAUUCCUCCAAGGAGAGCUGGACAAGGUCCUGGCUGAGCUUAAGGAAGCUGAUGAGGAACGAGCGAAUCUUCAGAAAGCUGUCGAUGAUCAAGGAAUCAGCAUGGCUGAUAUCGAUCGCAUGACGGCCGAGAGAGAACGUCUUCAGAAGGGCAUCGAAUCAACGUCACAACGACUGGAAGACGCAAAGAAAAAAGUGUCAGAAAAAGAAGGCGAAGCAAGCCGAAAACUUGAAGAUCUUGAACGCAUGGUCGACAAGUAUAACAGCCUUGGUUACCAAAUUGGCCUCAUCCCUGCAACAGCUGCAAACGCCAAGGGGAAGAAUUAUGAACUCCAAGUCACAGCCAACGAGGGACCAAACUUCUCUUCUUCGCAAAUGGCCGCAUCUGGAAGUGGCAAUGCCGACAGUGACAGACUUCUCGCGGAUCCGGUUACCGGGUACCAACCAGCACAUAUUCUCAACCUGGAUCUCCGUGGUCAGGUUAGGGCUAGCUUCUUAAGCUUGCGAAAGGAGAUUUCGGAAAGACGUACUGUGGCAAUGGAUGAAAUGAUGAAGCACCACGAUCUACUUGAUGGGAUCAAGGAGGCUAUUGAAGACAAGCGCGGUGAAGUUGAGGCUCUUGAGCAUCGUGUUCGGGCAGCAGAGGAAGAGUAUGAGAAGACAAAAGAGGUCACUACCACUCAAAAGAUUGCUUCUGAUACGCAGAUCGAGAAGAUGGAGAAGGAACUGGCAAAGAUGCGAGCCGGACUCACCGAGUCCGUCCAGCUCAUGGAACAGCGUGAGAUGAACACCAAUAUUGAAUAUGAGCAACUCACUCUGAAAGCAAAUGCUCUUCGCGAAGAACUGCAUACAGAAAUUGAGAAGAUGCUGAACGACAUCAUCAAAUUCAAGGUUCAUAUCCAAAAAAAUCUGGAAGACUACGAGGGUUUUGUCGUAGAUGAGGUGGAGCACGAACUUGGAGGUGAUGAUGAGGGACGAGAAGAUACCCAGGAUGUUGAGAUGAGCUGAGUGCGACUAAUCAGUGCUUUGUUUCUGCUUUGGGGAAGGUUUCGGGAUUGUGCACAUAAGUCCUGACUGUUGGAAAUAUGGGUGCGUGGUAAGGGGCGUUUGUGAUCAAGAUACCGUAGGUGAUUGAGGAUGGAGGGAGUUUGGUUGUUGGCUGGCGGAGUUGGGUAAUGAAUAGGAACGAAUUGAAUGCCACACAGGAUAAUCUUAUAACUUUGAGACCUCUUUUGCGUCGUUGUAUGAUAUGACCAGUUAAUAUGUAUUAUUUCAGAGAUCAUCAAUGUAUUUCGAACCAAGAUC